AUGCAGUCAGAUGAGGGUGAGGAAUCUGGACCUGUCUGCAUGGAGAGUGGUACGGCUCUUUCUACCGAUGAGUUCAAUCGGUUGCAGCAGCAGUUAAUUGAGCUUCGGAACCAGAAUUAUGAACUAAUUGAAAAGAAUAAACAGCUUCAGUCGCAAAAUUCCAAAUCUAAUGAAACAUUCCGCUUUGCUACAAAGUUCAUAGGGAGGAAAGCCGAAAAACAGACCGGUUUGGGGAAGUGGGAAGAAGAGGUUAACGCACUAAGAGCUAAACUCACAACGCAGGAAGAUGAAUUCCGUUUGCAGCAGUCUACGCUCCUAGCAGAAUUGAAUAAGGUUUCCUUCAAAAGUUCCUCGAAGACAAAAGUUUUUUUUUUUUUUUUGCUAUUUUUUAGUUUCACUGGUGUCGUUUUCUAUAGCAAAUUUUUCUACUCAUCAAUGGUAAAAGAACUUCGUCGUCAAGUUCAACAAGAAAAAAAAAGAGCUGAUCAAGCUGAAAGACAGCUGGAGGAUGCUCUUGUUUUUACUAUCUUUUUACAGACUUUUGACGGUGAUGAGAGUUCCUGUUCUGCAUCUGUGCUAGAAUCAGAUAACGUUGAGCUUAUCGGUCGUUUGGCCCAGUUACAAAAGAAACAUUCAGAAACCAUUGACAGGCUAAAUAUGUUGGAGGAAGAAAACACAUUGCUAAGGAAAGAAGUGAGCGAAAAAAGUGAAGUGAUAGCCGAAUGGAUACGUAAUAGGCCCAGUGGAGAUUCGCAUACACCUUCUUCACCAAGUUGUUCAUCGGAGGUGCUUGCAUUAAUAGCUUCAGGUUUGCGCAUUCGCCGGAUGUUUGAUAUAGUUCGCAUUGAUGACUCCGCGGCCGGAAUCCGUGAUAUGAACCGUAAACUACAAAGAAUGCUUGAGGAAACUCUAUCGAAAAAUCUUAAUUUACAGAAAGACAUUCAAAGGCUACUCGAAACUAACAAAAAUGAAAUGGUAAAGUAG